AUGACAAGAGGUGCAAGGGCUGAGAAACUGGCCAUAUCGCUGUUGGUCCUAUCAUUGUUUUUGAUAUUCCAAUUAUUGACCAGGUCUUACGUCAACAGUAGUGAUGGGUACGAUACAGAUGCAAGUCCCUUUACAAGAAGGAGGUCUCAUGUAACACGAGUGUGCAAUCACGAUGCGAGUUUAUCUAUUCCGUAUCUGGACAAGAUCAACCAGUUUUGGCAUGUAGGGGGCGCCACACAGAUUAGAAAUACUCAGUCGAUCAAGCUAACACAGGAUCGUGACCAGCACAAACAUGGCCUAGUAUUAUCGAACGGGAUUGGCGAUAAUACCAUCAAUGACUUCGAAAUAGUUUACAAGUUCAGGAUUACCCACGACGCGACUACACAACUUGUGGGUGAUGGGAUGUGCUUCGCCAUUACGCCUGAAAAUGGGUUUAUCACACAGGAUUUGAAGUCGUCUUAUGCGAAAAGGCAAUACAUGAUUAAUUCUCAUGGCGUCAUUGGCGAUGACACAGACCUCAUGGGGUUCCCAAAGAACUUACCUGGCCUAUUUAUUGUCUUAGACACAUAUCGAAACCAGGGCCAGGAUCGCAGGGAUGUGCCAUUUAUGGAUGUCUUUCUGAAUGUGGCUCCAGAAAGCGAUUGGUACGAUAUUAACAGUGAUGGCGAACUAAGCACAUCGCUACGACUAAACACAAAGGGCCACAUCAAACUCAAGAAAAAAGCCCUAUGGAAUGAAGUCACAAACUUAAGGGUGAUAUACCUAGAAAGUAUAAGCUUCUUAAAAAUUGACAUCCAAUACGCCAAAGAGGGCAACUACUGGAUCGAGUUAUUCCAAACAACCGAGAACCUGUACUUACCCAAGAACAUACAUACCGGACAAAGAUACAUCGGUUGUAGUGCAUUGAAUGGCCAGUUAACCGAGACCGUGGAGCUACUGGACGUAACUACUAGCGAAUUCCACUGGAACGACAAGGACGAAUCCAUCGAGGACACCUAUGAUUAUGCGAAGGAAGCUGAGUUAUUCUUGGAGCAGGAGUUUGGGGAGGUCUUGGACAGGGAACCCGAUGAGUUCACCAAGUGGAAAAUGAUCAAAGCUCAACCCAACGUUAGGGCCAAGCCACAGCUAACUGAACAGCGCACUCCGAGCCAGCCUCCUUCCAAACUGUUUAGAGCGGUGCUGGCACUUCUGCAUUAUAGCGAGGUUUUAUUGUUAAUCAUUGGCGUUUAUAUAAUUUCUGUUUGCAUAAGAGUUUUCCAAAAGAGGUUCAAAAAAAUUAGAUUCAGAAGACAAAGAGCAGGCUCGCAUUCUGUGGGGCUAUUGCCCAUGUAG